AGUGGAUAUUGUCUUGCCAAAUAGAAUCUCUCAGGAAUCACAAAGGCAAAACUUUCCAAGCGACGAUGGCCCAAAUCAUGUGCAUUUUAGCACUUCUGUGUUUUGCAGUUUAUAUUGCUGAAAAUACAGACAUUGACUAUGACUUUAGAGAUCUCCAAGCUCAGCAAGAUUCAUUUUCAAGGUCUGACAAUUUUCAAAACAAACAGGACCUGCCAAAGACCGAGAACCUUGAUGACUUGCUUUACAAGGUUUUCAAAUUAAAAGAUGGACUUUUCCGCCAACAAACCAAAGACGCAACAAAACUGGAAGAGAAUCGACGGGGACUCGAUAGCGACAACACAACUAACCAUCCACGCAAACCUGGCUGCAGAGUCUUCUACUGGAAAUCCUGGACUGCUUGCUAAAUCGCUCACGUUCUGUUAUGCGAGACCAUGUGAUGAAAGUCUGAACUGUGAUACUCAUACUUUCAAUGAGGUCUCAUAAUAUUAUAUAGUCUGUCUGAACUGUUUUAAGAUGAGAGAAAAUAAAGACGUCAUAGUGUUCAUGCUGAUGCAAAUGUCUUUUCUAAAUUAUUUUAUUCAUUUAUUUAUUGUGAAUAUGAAAGUAAUGCAAAUUCAUAUUGUGGCAUUAAUGUUUAAUUCCACUAUUUCAAAUCAUCGCUUCUGUUUAAAAGCACUUGAGGCACUUUUGAUUCUUGCAGUCAGUUGAACAAUAGUUGAACCUCGUGAUCCUGGAUGCCUGCAUUAUUUAAAGCACCCCUGACAGCCUGGAGGAGGUGUGUACAUUGAAUUGAGCGCUAAAAAUUUUAUGAUCACCAAAUGAACAGUCAGAGUAAAAAAGAUGUUACUUGUCGUCCGCAUCAAAGACGCAGUUAGAUGUGCCCCGCAGAAAGAAACCGGGCAGGCUUCCAUCGCAGGCAGCAUAUCAAAUGCGUUGGGUUUAGAUUCCGUUACAUUCUUAAUCCAUCAGAUCAAUCACAUUCACAGGUCCCUCAAACGCAUCAAAGACCUCCCA